AUGGAUCCAAAUGUUGAACCUUGGAUUUAUCCGUUAUUUUACCCAUUUGGUACUAGAGGAUGGCAUAAGAAUAUAUCUUACGUUCAUAAACAAAACAAAAAAGUUACGCGGAAUGAUUAUCAUAAAUACAGAAUAGCAAUUAGAAAUGAAUUCAAUGUUUUCUUAAUGGGACGCCGGUUAUUUCAACAAUGGGUCGUUGACAGUUAUGUAAAAACUGAAAAAGAUAGAUUGAAUUAUUUAAGGAAUAAUCAAAAACAACUACGUGCGGAAUCAUACCAAGGUCUAAUAGAUCAUUUAAAUAAAUGUCGCAACAGUGAAAACAAUGAUAACACUACUAAUAUUGGAAAAAUGAUAAUUCUUCCUUCAUCAUUUUCUGGAUCUCCUCGUAACAUGUUACAACAUUAUCAAGAUUCAAUGGCAAUUGUUCGAAAAUUCGGUAAACCAGACAUAUUUGUGACGAUGACAUGUAAUCCUAAUUGGCUUGAAAUUAAAGAAAAUUUAUUUUCAAAACAAACUGCUGCAGAUAGGCCAGAUAUAGUAACACGUGUAUUUAAUAUAAAAAAAAAUGCUUUAAUUGAUAUGAUUGUUAAAGAACGUCAUUUCGGAGAAGUUUUAGCUUAUGUAUACGUAAUUGAAUUUCAAAAACGUGGAUUACCUCAUAUGCAUAUGUUAAUAACGUUAGCAGAGAAGUAUAAAAUAACAACUCCACAAAUGGUCGAUAAAUAUAUUUGUGCUGAAAUCCCAAAUGAAUCCGAUGAUCCUAUAUUAUAUGAUAUAAUUACUAAAAAUAUGCUUCAUGGACCAUGCGGAAAUUGGUGUAUAGUAAAUGGAAAAUGUUCGAAACAUUACCCAAAAAAAUUUCAACAAGAAACAACUAUGGAUGAAAACUGUUAUCCUUAUUAUCGUCGUAGAGAUUUAGGAAUUAUUUUUACUCGAUCUCAAGGAUCUCACUUUACAAAUGAACAUGUAGUUCCAUAUAAUAGAAUACUUUCGAAACGAUUCAAUUCACACAUAAAUGUAGAAAUUAUUUCAUCCAUAAAAUCAGUAAAGUAUUUAUAUAAAUAUGUUUAUAAAGGACAUGAUGAAGCGCUCAUAACGAUAAAUGGAAAUGUUUCAAAUAGUGAUAAUAAUGCUACUAUUCAGUAUGAUGAAAUUUAUAAUCAUAUUGAAACUCGCUAUGUAGGACCAGCAGAAGCUGUGUGGAGAAUAUUGUCUAAACCAUUACAGGAAAAAAGUCAUAGUAUUAUAAGAUUACCGAUUCAUUUACCAAAUCAACAAAAUUUAUUAAUCAAUAAUGACUGUGAUGAAGCAGAAAUUAGAAAUGUUUUAGAAAAGCAAACUAUGUUAAUUGAUUUUUUUGCAUUGAAUGCACGUGAUCAGAAUGCUAGAAAGUAUAUUUAUACAGAUAUUCCUUAUCAUUAUGUAUUUAAAAAAGAAAAUAGAUCAAAUACUUUUCAUUGGGUACAGCGUCAAAAACAGUUUAAAGUUAUAAGUCGAAUGUAUUCAGUAAGUCCUUCACAAGUCGAAUUAUUUCAUUUAAGGUUAUUAUUAACAAAAGUAAAAGGACCAAAAAGUUACGAAGAUAUCAGAACAGUAAAUGGUCAUACAUAUGAUACUUAUAUGAAUACUUGCUUGGCAUUAGGAUUGAUUGAAGAUGAUAAUGAAUGGGAACGUGCAUUAGGCGAAGCAGAGAGUUGGAUGAUGCCAUAUCAAUUAAGAUAUCUUUUUGUUCGUAUAUUACUGCACUGUUAUCCGAUGUAUCCUGAUAAACUUUGGGAAAAAUUUAAGAAGUCAAUGUCAGAAGAUUAUACAAUAAAUUUGGGAUCAAUUCUAGGUGAGAAAAAAGCAUACUUUCAUAUAAAUUCUAUACUCUGUGAUGAAGGAUCACAUAUAUCAAAUUUUCCAAAUAUGCCACAAAUGACAGAUUGGGAAUAUGUAGAUGAUAACGGAACAAUACAGGAAAAUAACCAUCGUGGAGCUCAGCAAUAUCAAACAUUAAAUGAGCAACAAAAAGAAAUUUCUAAAAACCGAAAUAUUUGUACUAUGGCUUACACAGGAAUUGCUGCUACGUUACUCCCAAAUGGGAAAACUCUUCAUAAAACUUUUAAUCUGCCUGUACCUCUUUUUUCUGAUUCAUCAUCAAACAUCAAAUACAAUUCAAAACAAGGCGAAUAUUUGAAAAACAUUGAUGUUUUUAUAUGGGAUGAAGCACCAAUGGCACCAAAAUAUGCUUUAGAAGUAAUAGACCGAACUUUACGCGAUAUGAUGAAUAGUGAGGUACCAUUCGGUGGAAAAGUAAUGAUUUUAGGAGGUGAUUUUCGGCAGUUACUGCCUGUAAAAAAAAAUUCAACUAGAACAGAAUUAGUAAGUUUAUCUAUCAAAUAUAGUUAUCUUUGGCAAUAUUUUCAUCAAUUUACAUUAACUCAGAAUAUGCGUACAUUACCUUCAGAAGUCGAGUUUUCAAAAUUUUUAUUAAAUGUUGGUGACGGUACUUUGAAUGAUAAUAAUGAUAAUUUAACGUUACCAAAUCAAUCAAGAAAUGUAGAUGUUAACAGAAUAAAUAAUGAAACUGUCCAAUUAUUAGAUUAUGAUACUGAAAAAGUUUUUACAAGUAUUGACAGUACGGAAAAUUGUGAUAAUGGUGAUAUUGAUGAUGUUAUAUUACCAGAAUAUUUAAAUACUUUAAAUCCACCAAAUUUUCCAUUUCAUGAACUCAUAUUACGAAAAUUUUGUAUUGUUAUGUUACUUAGAAAUCUCAAUAUUAGUGAAGGAUUAUGUAAUGGUACAAGAUUAAUGAUUCUUGAACUUGGAAAUAAUAUUUUAAAAUGUAAAAUAUUGAAUGGAGAUAAAUCAGGUGAAAUAGCAUUCAUCAGCCGCAUUACAUUAUAUUGUGAAGAUAUUUAUCCUUUUACAUUCAAAAGAAGACAAUUUCCAAUUGUAUUAGCAUUUGCAAUAACUAUAAAUAAAGCACAAGGUCAGACAUUUGAUAUGAUUGGAAUAGAUUUAACUAAAGAUAUUUUUAAUCACGGACAAUUGUACGUAGCAUUUUCAAGAGUUCGAUCUUGGGAAACUUUACAU